GCUUCAGUUAGUGAACCGCUCUCACGCCUGCCACUUAUUGAUUGUAAGCCGCGACUUACCGACUGUUGGAAUUACUGAAGCAUCGGUAAGCACCAGUUCGUGAACCGGUGUUUUCACCUCUGGCAAUAUCUCAAUAAAAGCAGUAAACAUGCCUCCGAAGUUGUCCAAGCGCGCUUCUACAUCACAGACUACACCCAAACCAAAGCGCAAAAGUGGUCAGAAGAAAGCCUCUCCAAAUGUCUCAUGGCCCAGUCGGCUUAGCGAGCUCGAUGGAAACCGUCUGAACAAGGCAACUAGAAAACUGCUUAAGGGGUGUUUGGAAACCACAAGGCCUCCGCUGAUCAACUUACCGACACUCGUUGAAAAAAGCAACUCCUUUCCGCUAAAGUUCCCCGUUAACACGGUGCGCAUUUCAGAACUUCAGAAGCGGAUCCCAAAAGCGACUCUUGAGCGUAACGCCAACUCGGUCUAUCCCUUGAUUCAUGAGGACAUGCUGCCACUUAUUGCUGACUGGUUGAAACAUAAGCGGGAAAGAGGAAGCACGGUCGAAAAAAACCUCUAUCGAAAUGUGGGACUGAUCGAGCUGGUCCAGCGGCUCCUCGAGCGCAGAGCAGUCUGCUUCAUGAGCCGGAAGGACAAGUUCAAGACCUUCGAGGUGGCGCUGGGAUUCGGCGGGUGGGAGCAGAUCGGUACUGACAAGGAAAAACCCCCUUUGGUGUUGGAAAAAUACCUCUCCUAUGAUGAAGUCAAGUUGUCAGCAAUGCUAACGAUGUCGUCGCAUACGGAGUUCAUCAAUGAUGGAUCACGAAAAAACAUGGGAAUCCUGGUAAAUAACCCCAGCGAAGUUGAGCCAAGGGGCGUUAUUGUAGGCGUAGUGGGUUCAAGGUUCCAAAGACCCGGUUUCAUGGAGUACCAAGACAUUGCAGUUGCGCCAGAUCAGAACACUGUUGAAAACGGAUACGGCGCCACUGCUCCGUCACAAGACAAGAAUUCAACUGAUCUUCAGGAACUACGCCGAGUCUGGGCACAAUUUUAUGGAGAGUCCCAUUUGCCUCUUUACGAAGAGGUUACUCAGCGCCUUGAAAGGACACCAACUGACCCGAAGUAUGUCUCUGUCGGACAGAAGUACAUCUUCGACGAGGAAAAUUACCUCAAACGGACAAUUAUCACUGCCGAAAUUAUUCUCCUCGAGGCAAACGCACGUGCCAAUGAACUUAAAACCACUGCCUACAUUCACGUCGUUGGAUUCGGUUUAGGUGUUUGGAAGGCCUUGCCCGAGCAAGAAGUCUACUUUAUGAAGGCUUUCGAAAUUGCAAUGAAUAGAUUGAUGAAAAAGAUUCCGCUUGUCAGCGACGUGAUGUUUGCUUACUUGAAGAACGAAACUAACUGCGGCGGAGUGGAAAACGGUAGCAACUUUGGGCAUAUAAAGAUUCACUUUGGGAAGCGAGAACCACACACAGUUAUCAAUGAGAAGAAACUAAUCGUUGUAACCUACGCCUGGGAUGGAAACGCUUUGCCAGGUAACGAAUUCUGGAUGGGAAAGUUGGCCACGAGUGGAGAUCCCGCGGCCGCGUGUAGCACCCAAAUCGCAGAACUCCACAACGUCAGUAUAAAUCCGCUCGCUUCUGCGGCUAAUCUUCAUAUCGCUUCAGUGGAAUUCGGUAUCCAGCAUGUGGCUGACUAUGCUAAACUGAGACUGGCUAAUGCCAGUGAGUAACCAAUGGGUUGGAGAGUGAUAAGAGAUUAGCGGACCAAUCGUUUUACAUAAAUUAAAACUGGAUCGUUAUAAAAAUACCAACGCUCUUCAAAUUUGUUCCAAACUGUUGCCGUGACAGAUGCAUAUUCAAUAGACAUUGUCUUGUACAGGUUUUUCUGAUCAGCAUGGUCGGCUUUUAUUUUGUUACAUGGAAUUGUUAUAGCUUUUGACAGAUAAGUAAAAUAAUUGUACUAUUGGAUUCGACUAUGCUGGACUAGUAUAUUUUACACCACCAAACACCAUUGUCCAGCAAUUCACGCUUGGUGAAAACCAAGUUGUAGUCAAGUUUCCCUGAACUGCUAAUGGUACAUAUAGAACUAGCAGGUCAAUGUGCGUUCUGGAGUGUCAUCAACUGUCAUUAUACCCACAUUUACUCACGUUUUGCCACCUUCCUUCCAUCCAUGUCAUCUUUUUAUAUUUAUAAACAAUCUAAAGUACUCGUAGUUACCGACUAACACUCACGAAUUCAUAGAAACACCGACUACCGAUACUUGAGCCAACUAUUCGCCCCACCAACUGGUAACAAGAUUUUUCACAAUAAGUCGAGAGCAUUGUAGGAAAAAUCGAAAAUACAAAUAUGCCAAGGAAUACUUUCCAGUGUUUCAAAAAAAAAUGAGACCACGUUCACCAGGAUAAUUAUGACCGCCUGAAUUACUGUGUGAGCACGAUCGAAUUACUCGCAGCAAAAUUAACCAAAUCUUAGGUAUGUACCAUAUGCAUUUAUAGGUAAGUAUACACAUUUAUUUAGAUACAUAAACUUUAUACAAAAAUCCAACGUAGAAAGUUGAUUUCAACAACGUUAUCAUAUUAUAGUUACAUUUAAAUUAUUGUGUAUUCCUGUAUUUCUGUUCUUUGAAUUAUAUUUCUACACGAAAUUUGCCAAUCAGCCUAUUUUACACAUCUUCUGCGAUAAUUAUAGGAAAACAUAAGUAUACAUCUAUAUGUAUGUAUCUAUAAUAUUUAUAAAAUUCUUCUUGUCUUCGUAGGAUGCCACAAUGAACUUUUUAAUUACUUAUUUUUAUUUUGGCGACAAAAAAUUCAUAGAAUAUUCGAAAUGGAGCAGUAGAAGGCUUAACUUUUCAGCGUAGGUCACACGUACGAAGAGGAACAACUUAUAAGCGCG